AGCAGCAGCAGGAGGUGGUGGUGGGGGCCGUGGCCGCCGAUGCCCGACUGCCAGGCAGUCUGAUAAAAUGUGACAAGAUGACCCAGGAGAAGAAGAAGAAGAAGAAGCAGCAGCAGCCGCCGCCGCCGCGGGCGAACCGCACCGUCAUGUUGGCUAAAAAGAUUAUCAUGAGGGAGGGCAGCGGGCAACAAGGAAUUGGACGGCCUAGUGUUUAUCAUGCAGUGGUCGUCAUCUUUCUGGAAUUCUUUGCCUGGGGACUGUUAACCACUCCAAUGCUGACAGUUCUGCGUGAAACGUUUCCUAAACAUACAUUUUUAAUGAAUGGUCUUAUUCAAGGAGUAAAGGGUUUUUUAUCAUUUAUGAGUGCUCCACUAAUAGGUGCUUUAUCUGAUGUAUGGGGGAGGCGAUCAUUUCUCUUGCUUACAGUAUUCUUCACUUGUGUCCCAAUUCCUUUAAUGAGGAUAAGUCCAUGGUGGUAUUUUGCUGUUAUUUCAGUAUCUGGGAUCUUUGCUGUCACAUUCUCGGUGAUAUUUGCAUAUGUAGCUGACAUCACGCAAGAGCAUGAGAGAAGUACUGCAUAUGGACUGGUUUCGGCAACUUUUGCAGCGAGUUUGGUAACCAGUCCUGCCAUUGGUGCUUACCUUUCAAGUAAAUAUGGUGAUAACCUUGUAGUGCUUGUGGCCACUAUAAUUGCUGCAUUGGACAUCUGCUUUAUCUUGGUGGCCGUGCCAGAGUCUCUGCCAGACAAGAUUCGUCCAGCUUCACGAGGAGCAGCUUUCCAAUGGGAGCAAGCGGACCCUUUUUCUUCUUUGAAGAAGGUUGGAAAGGAUACCACUGUAUUGCUCAUCUGUAUAACGGUGUUUCUCUCGUACCUGCCCGAGGCUGGACAGUACUCCAGCUUUUUCCUUUACCUCAGACAGGUUAUUGAUUUUUCUCCUGAAAACCUGGCAGCUUUUAUCGCCGUGGUUGGGAUCCUCUCUAUAAUAGCACAGACUUUAUUUCUUAGUAUCCUAAUGAGGUCCAUAGGGAAUAAGAACACCGUUCUCCUUGGUUUGGGAUUUCAGAUGCUGCAGCUUGCUUGGUAUGGCUUUGGAUCACAGCACUGGAUGAUGUGGGCAGCAGGAGCUGUGGCAGCCAUGUCCAGCAUUACCUUCCCUGCAGUGAGCGCUCUGGUUUCCAGAAACGCUGAUUCUGAUCAGCAGGGUGUCGUACAAGGAAUGAUUACAGGAAUCCGAGGGCUCUGCAAUGGGCUGGGGCCAGCUUUGUAUGGCUUUAUUUUCUUCUUGUUUGACGUGGAGCUGGAUGAAAUCACUGAUAAAACAGUUGAUGUGCAAAAUUCCAAAGUUGAGGAUUCCAUCAUCCCCGGACCACCUUUUUUAUUUGGAGCCAUUUCUGUCCUCCUGGCAUUUAUGGUUGCCUUAUUCAUCCCUGAGCACAGUAUGACUGGGAAGAGCAGUAAUAUGAGGAAGCACAGCGGCAGCCUGAGCAACACCCCGCCCACCCCACCUGUGGGCAGUGAUGAAGACCAUGAGCCACUGCUGCAGGACAGCAGCGUAUGAGGACACGAGCUCCAACAACAGGCAAAGAAACAGCAGAUCUGAAUGAAGAACCAAGACGUGUUGAUCACCACGGAAUCUAAUGGUUACCCAAAGGCCUAUAAAUAUAUCUCUGCCCACUCAAAAGAAACACACUUGUGAAGGAGGACCUUGGGAUCCAUUGUAGCAAUGUGCCAAUUGACUUUGGUUACUUUUUUUAAAAAAUACAAGCUACUUGAACGUGUGUAACCAGCACUGCCAGUUCUUCAAAGUACUGUCCAAAGUGCAGGAAGUUCCAGGUGAUGCUGCAAUCGGCACUUAGUUUGGAGAAGACUCGUUGCAGAGCCACAUCUCAGGGUUGUUAACUCAUCAAUCGGUGGAGAGGGUAAAGUUUUUGAAGGUCGAUCUAAUCGAUUUUCUUUCCAUCCUCCAAUAAACCCUUUCCUGAUUAGAUUAAUUUGGGUGCUGUUGUUCUCUUCCGUUCUCUCCCCCACCCCUUACAAAAAAGUAGCAUCCGUUAAAUUCACUCAGCCUUCUUACAAAUAUCCACAAACAUUUUGGAAGGGGAACAAAACAACUUAAAGUACAGUGGUAUGGUAAUGAUCCGUGGGACGGUAUCCCAGACUGUUUAAAAGAUGAAAAGGCCAAAUUUCAUUUGGAAUAUUUGUUAAAAAGUCUGUUUUGUUUUUAAGCGUGUCUAAUACAUAUCUGACAAUAUCUUUUCUCCAUUUUGUAAGAAGGCUGUGGUUGAGGUAUCUGCUUAAAACAUCUUUUUUUUCUCUGAUUUACCUUUCAGGUACAGGUAAACCUAACCUGUGAAAGUAACAGUAGUUUUUGUGUCUAAGGAUUAUGGGUUACCUAGUAUUUUUUGACGUGAGUUUUUAUAUUCGAAUUGGCUUCUGCUGGACUUUAACAAAACCUUUAAAUGAAUCAAACUGAAGUGCAGAAGUUUUCCAUUAAAGUCAAAAGGGUGUCAGUGAAUGGUUUUAGUUUGGUAUAAUUAGUAUAACCACUUCCUUGUUCUUUCCUUGCAUUUGGAUUUAGCAGCUAACAGUAGCACAACCUCAAACACUUUAAUCUGCUACCUCAGCUCCAGCCUAUAGACAAGCAACGCUGCAGGCCUGCUGUCCUUUCACAUCAUUAAUUAUCCAUUCUGCUUUGCUGAAGUGUGCAUCAGAGUUAGCCUGAGAUGUUCAUUGGGACCAAAUCCAACUUCGGGACACUUUUUUUGCAUGUGUGAGUGUGUGUGAAAUUUCUUCAUGCAUGUACACCCAACCCCAACCUCUCCUGGUGUUUAUCAGCAGUAAUGUUCUGUUUGUGGAAGAAGCACAUUCCAGUUGUGCAUUGUUACCUGAAUAUGCCUGGGUGGUUGAACUCAAUGUAACCAUUUUCAUUCAAUUUUGUAAUCGCAUAUAGAAACUUUAAUUUGCUUAAUGUACGAUUCAUGGAGAUUUCUAGUUGUUGCACUCUUCACUUUGAGAGAGUUGUAGUUUUUUUUGUCCUGAAGAUGAAUUGGCCUGAAGUGUUUUAAAAUGGCCUGAUAUAACUUGCAGAAAGCUAGUUUUCCUAUCCAAAACGGAAUGUUUUUCAAAAGAAGCUAUUGUGAGAAAGUGGUGUACCCUCACCAAACCUUGUAUUUUUACGUUAUCUGCAAUGAUCUCUGCCGUCAAUACUAAGUCAAAUGCACUGAACAAGGUGACUCUUGAGGGUCCAUUUUUGCCUUAAAGAUAAGGUGAUUUACUUUUUUUUAAUUCUGUAACUUCAUAAUGUCAUGGUAUGAAGAUAUUGGCAAUAAGUUGUUGGGAAAUGAACAGAUCUUUUUCAUGGAUUGUAUUGAAGUAAAGGCUGGAUGAAACUGCCCAUCUAAUCAAUACUUAAAGUCGAUCUCAUCCAAAUUAAAUUUAAUAUCAACUUGCAUUUCAACACUGGUCCUUUUGCAAAGCAGAACAUUUUAUCUGACUCCUUUCUCCUCUUUCCCCCACCCCCCUCCAUCACACAGACUUCCCUCUCUCACUUAUUCACACACAAUUUAGUGUUCCCAUCUCAAACAAAUUGUUUUGGCCAUGUGUUCUGAAAAAGUUCUUGUUUUGUCACGGUGACUUUUCAGAUGUGCUAUGAAUUAAACUGAUUUUUUUUCAUUGACCUAAAGUUUAAAAUUUCUAAUUCAAGUUAAUGAAGUUGUUCCGCAAAUGUGGCCCGUCUGAUGUUGGAUUAUUUUCUGGAGUUUGGUAAUGAUCUGUAUUCACACCAAUUCGUGCUCAAGUGCAAUGUGUUUGUUGUGAAGAGUAUUCAUAGAAAUUAUUUUGAAUUUUAAGAAAAGGUAUAUUAUAAAAUAUAUUUUUCUGAAAUAGCAAUUCACAAACUCGAAAGGACUUGGCACCGAGGCACUGGUGUUUGUCCUGUUUUACAGUUACAUUACCACUUUCUUCAAAUGUGCCUCAUCUGGAAGUGUAUAAAAUGUACAGAUAAACAAACUUCAUAGUAAUUUAUUAAAAUAACUAUAUCCAGCAAA